AUGACAAGAUUAGGAACGAUUCUUCUUCAGUGUACAGUGGUGUGUUCUUUGCUGAUUCCAUUGGGUUGGACGGCCGACGAAAAUGGAGGUGCAUUUAGACACCGAAUGGACCAUGAUAGGCCCAACCACCAUGGCGCCAAAGAGCGACCCGAGUACCAUCGACAAGACCUGCCACACGGCGAUCCGCACGGUUACGUUCACCAUUUCAACGGAGGUCAUCGAACCGUUCUUAGUUACCGAUUAGCCAACUAUGAAAAGUCAACCGCAGCGCCCACUGACCCCACGAACCUUCCAAACCCCACGAGUCUUCAAACUACCAAGUCCGGCUCUGCUCCCGACGGCGUCUCACUCUAUGCCUCUCGUGCCCUUACAUCGGCGGUCCUGUUACCGAACCCACCACAGGCCAGCCCCACAGCCGACGCCGCCAUGGCCAAAGACUUGACGGUCCCUCCACCCGCACCAGUCGACGCCAAUGCCAAUGCCGACACCAACGCCAACGCCGACGCUCCUUCGGAUCAGCUAUCGUCGACUGAAAACGCUCAAGCUGAUCCGUCGCCUGCGGAAGAAGAUAUUCAAGCCGACCAAGGUCCCAGCCCGGCACGACCACCCGUAGCUCAAGUAACAGGUUGUCGAACGCACGGUCAAAUUGCCGUCACUUAUAGCGAAGGUCCCAGCGAUGCUACAGCGCGUAUUGUACGUCAAUUGAAUAAUGCGAAUGCUCGUGCGAAUUUCUUUGUGAAUGCCACUUGGUUGUAUACGCAACAGUACGCCAUGGUGUUGCAGAAUAUUUACAAUGCGGGCCACUUUAUCGGCAUGAUGUAUCGAGUGAAAAACGAUGAUUCGUCGUCAUUGACGGAUAAUGAAAUUCGCGACGAUAUCCUCAAGAAUGCACGCACCAUCGAAGCUCUCAUCAAAGUGUCACCGAAAUACGUUCGUCUUCAUUACACAAAGGCCCCCGACGCACGUACACAGAACAUUCUCAGUGACCUCGGCUUUAUCCUCGUGGGAUAUAAUCUCGACAGUCAGGAUUACUCGCACAAGGUCCCUGUCGGCCCCGGUUCCAUUCAGGAACUGUACAAGCAAACUUUCCAAAAACAAAAGGAAACCUACGACGCCAAAGGAUCCUUCAUCUCUGUCCAGUAUGAUAUUCCGGAUACAGGCGCUCUGGUUGCCGUCCCCCACAUGAUCAACACCAUUGAUGAAGAAGGAUACACCAUGGUUCGACUGGACGGUUGCUUGAACGAUCCGAAACCAUACAAGAAAGAUGCCUUGAGUAAAGAGUACGUGAGCGACAAGUUCUCGUUUGGUACGAAUGGUUAUCAUUCUGGGCAAAACCAUGUGGCCAAAGAUGUCAUUGAUGCUUCUAUCCGUGAAGCGAUGGAUUCGGAUAUUGGAAAAGAAGACAGUGGUGCUACCAGUGAAUCGCUGAAAACCGCCCUUCUGGUUAUGCUGAUAUCCUCCAUCACGUUCAUGAUCUCGUUCUACCCAUCUCUUUCCGUUGUCAGUCUUUUACGAGUCGUCUAG